AUGUAUGGAUGUCAAAGUUGUGCUCAUGCUUAUUCACAUCGCUUACCGAUUACUUUCACUAAUUAUAUUCGUACGAAAUAUUUAUCAUCUAUUGACAUCGAUAAAUAUGCUGAUAUUGUUAUCUGUCCAAGUUUUUCAUCUGAAGAUGCUCCAUUUAGUCUUUUGUCGAACAAAGAUAUUGUUGAGCAAAUUGUUGCUUUUCCGUUUCCACAUGUUAUCAAAUUACAUCCACUCACGUAUCAAAUUAAGAACGAUGAUAAUCCAAUGUUAUCUCUAAGUAAUUUGGAACAAGAACAUACACAUCAUUUUCUUACAUCGAAAAAUAUUUUACCUGACACACAAACAAACACAUUAAAAUUAAUCGAACAUGCUCGAGUUCUCAUUUGUGAUUCCGAUUCGUCGAUUCCAUUUGAAGCACUCUAUUUCAAUGAUCAUAAGCAUAUUUUCGUUUACGAAAUGGCUGAAAAACAUGAUAAUAAAGAUGAUCGACAAACGUAUUUUCAUAUUUUUAAUAAUGCUCAACAAUUGACUAGUUUACUCGAGCGUUAUUUUGCUGGUGAACUCGAAUGUAAAACAGAACAUAGUCAUAAAUUUUUCUUAGAAAAAUAUGAAGAACCCGAUGGAAAAGAAAUAGAACGACUGGCCAAUAUACGACAAUGGAUGAUGAAUCAUCAUGAUCUUGAUCAAAACAUUGAUGCUAAAAAAAUCAAACAAGGAGUGAAAGAUCAAUUUCAAUCAUCAUUAACACAGAUGACUCUUUAUGCAUUAGGCGAACAUACCACUGCACAAAUAGGUGAACUCUGUUAUGGUGACAUGAAUGAUGUGUUUAACGUACCUGAAGUGAAUUUAAAUGCUGAAUUAAUAUUGCCACUAUGUUCAAUAAGUCAACAAGAAUCGAAUUGGCCAUUAUCAGCUGCAUCAAAAGAAUUUUUUGAAAGGGCAAUGAUCAAACAAAGUCAACCAACAUCAACAACAGCAGGUUUAACAUCAAAUAUAACAACAAAACUUGCUGCAAAUCUUCAUAUUGAUGAAACAACAACAUGUGGUGGAGAUUGGGAUGAUAAUGAAGUACAAAUUGAUUCAUUGAAUUACCACCUGAUCUUUUAUUUUCUAGCACCAACAAAAGGUCAAUCAGUUCCACAAGCUUGUACACAAAAUUCCAAAGUAGCAAUUGAUCAUAUAUUAAGUGGUUCAUUUUAA